GCGCCUGGGCGCGGGGCUGCCCGCUCCGCCGCUCCGACACCGGUCCCCCGGCAGAGCUGCUGCCCCGCCAGUGACUGCCAUGCCCUAGGGAAGACCUGCCAUGAGCCAAAGUGGGGCCUCCCGCCUGGCCGGCUCCCCACCGCUGCCAGGGGGCUCGCUGCUGGCCCUGCUGGCCCCUGAACCCUCCCCAUCUCCCCCCAGUGGGACCCCCUCACCCGGCCCCCCGCCUGCCCUGCUGGAAGGGGACUGGGAAGGGCGGGAGGAGCUGCGGCUGCGGGAGCUGGAGGAGGCGCGGGCGCGGGCAGCCCAGAUGGAGAAGACCAUGCGGUGGUGGUCGGACUGCACGGCCAACUGGCGGGAGAAGUGGAGCAAGGUGCGAGCCGAGCGCAACCGGGCGCGCGAGGAGGUGCGGCAGCUGCGGCACCGCCUGGAGGCCCUGACCAAGGAGCUGGCCGGGCUGCGCCGGGACCGCGACCGGGACCGCGACCGGCCGGAGGAGCAGCCACCGCCCCACAGCCCGCCUGGUGCUCACCGGGCCGAGGGGGAUGUCGACCCCGAGCGGGAGCCGGUGCGGGAUGUGGGGGCCGAGGCUCCCCAAAGAGCCAAGGAGCUGGAGCUGAUGGAAAACAUGUUGACAAGCAAGCAGGAGGAGAGCUGGGAGCAGCGGGGCCCCCGGGCCUCCCUCACCCGCCAGGAACGGAGCCGCCUGCUCUGGGAGGACGUCAGCAUCAUGGAGGAGGAUGCCACCAAAGUCACUGCCCUGAAACUGAGGCUGGAUGAGUCCCAAAAAGUGCUGCUCAAGGAGCGGGAGGACAAACUGGCACUCAGCAAGAGCAUUGAGAAGCUGGAGGGUGAGCUCAACCAGUGGAAGAUCAAGUACGAGGAGCUCAACAAGAACAAGCAGGAGGUGAUGAAGCAGCUCAACAUCCUGAAGGAGAUCCACCAGGACGAGCUGGGGCGCAUCUCUGAGGACCUGGAGGACGAGCUGGGUGCUCGCUCCAGCAUGGACAAGAAGCUGGCUGAGCUGCGUGCAGAGAUGGAGCGGCUGCAGGCGGAGAACGCGGCUGAGUGGGGCCGGCGGGAGCGGCUGGAGACUGAGAAGCUCAACUUGGAGCGGGAGAACAAGAAGCUGCGGGCGCAGAUCGAAGACCUGGAGGAGGUGCUGGCUCGCAAGCGGCGCCAGACAGCCAGUGCCCUGGACACCGACCUCAAAACCAUCCAGGCUGAGCUCUUUGAGAAGAACAAGGAACUGGCUGACCUGAAGCACAUCCACGCCAAGCUGAAGAAGCAGUACCAGGAGAAGAUGGCUGAGCUGGCCCAUGCCAACCGCCGCGUGGAGCAGCAUGAGGGUGAGGUGAAGAAGCUGCGCCUGAGGGUGGAAGAGCUGAAGAAGGAGCUGGCCCAAGCCGAGGACGAGCUGGAUGAGGCCCACAACCAGACACGGAAGCUGCAGCGGUCACUGGAUGAGCAGACUGAGCAGAGUGAGAGCUUCCAGGUGCAGCUGGAGCAUCUGCAGUCCCGGCUGCGGCGGCAGCAGAGCGCCCCGCUCUUCGGCAAGAUGCGCAGCACCCGCUUCGGCCCCGACGACACCGGGGACGGCACCAGCGACCCCGACGAGGACGAGGACCUGCAGAUCCAGGUGUCCUAGAGCCCACAGUGCCACCGCCACGGGGACCCCCCGUGGUGUUCCUGCCCAUAAGUGCCUGUCUCUGUGGGGCCUGGCUUCUAUCUACAUGAGGGGAAAACCAAGGCACAGAGCGCCAGGGAGGAAUUUGCCUGGGAGUGUUCCAAGCCCACUGCCUCUUGGACAGCAUCUGAUGCCCCUUGGCCACCAGCGUUUCCUAGGACACAGAUAUGGCCACCAAAGCCAUCACAGAGCAGCCCACUAGGAGGAAGCACAGGGCAGAGAAGGGCAUCAAGCCCUGCCACCAGCCCUGCCCUCCUGCCCACAUUUUUAUAUAUAUUAUAUAUAUGUAUGUAUUUCUA